GUAUAUAUAAGACGAAGGAAACAGAAGGGAAACAAGAAUACGCCGAGCGGCUUGGGAUGAGACGAUCGGUCGAUCACGUCCGGCACUGCCUAAGGUGACACGUGCCGAUGAUGAUGAUGAUGGUGUCGUCACCGUCAAAGAACGCCGAAAAAAGUGGGGGCCGGGGUGCUGUGGGGGGCCUUUCCUCUGACUUUGCCGGAUGCGAAUCAGCGAACGGUGUUGAGAUUUUUAAAGACAACCGGGACAUUUCAUGGACUUGCCAGAAAGCGGGACAGUGGGCGUCCCGCCCGAUGAGCCUAAAGCGGGACGUCUGUUCAGUAAGCCCGGUGGGUACCAAAUCUUGUGGAGUAUGGACAGGUUCACCAUAUUUUCGCCCAAAUCACGUCGUCUGGCCGUCCUCACUGGGCGUAACUGUAGUUCGCACGUGCAUUGGUCACCUCCCCCAGCGAGCCUCUCUUUUGAUUGGCUGCCUGGCCAAAAGGUGUAUGCUAAUGAAUGAGCCCGAGAUGUGAGCGGUUGAUGAAGUCAAAACAUGAUGCCUUGUCCGCCCUUGGGGAGGAGGCGCUAGUUGCCUGCCUGACCAGUCCUCGCUUUGUCCUCAGCCAGGCAUCGUCCACAUUUACUCGCGGUACCUCCGGGUCUGGCGGCAAACAACUGCCAACUUCUGUCUGACCGACCAACAACUGAACAACUGUCGUUAAUUUGAUUUUUUUUUUCUCAAGAAUCGGGAAGGAACUGCUGCGGUAGGAUAAAAAUGAUGGCUCAGUCAUCGGCCUGUAGGCUUCUGCUUCUCUUCUUCACCGUCGUCUCGGCUGUCUCCUGCAUCGUCAGCGCGCGCAGCAUCGACUUCAACCCCCUAAUGCACCCAGAUGCUGGUCUCGACGAGGAACCCGACAAGCUUCUGCGACUGGCAAAGGACCUGCCCCACGCCGUGCCUGACCAGUCAUCUGCCUCUGAGACAAGAGGAGAGCUGCUGGAAAGGCUUCUGCGCUCCUACAACAUCCCCGAGUACCGUGGGCAUGAGAGUCACCUCAGCAGCGAGUUCGCCGACCAGAGUUGUAUUCCCAUCUGUCCGCCCAGCUCCCUGCACUAGGACGACAGCCUUGAAUGAAGCAGACGUCGCUUUUUCAGAGUGAAGACUAGCAUGUUCCACGGACUAAUCACAUCAGGAGAACAUUCCUGCACCACACAAGAGAUACCAAAGACAGACUGCUAAAGAAAAUAACACCAAACCAAAUAGAUGUUCAGACGAUAAAUAUCUAAAAAUCUACAACUAUGUACAUCUGUAAUUUUGGAACGAUGCUGCUGUGUCACAGUACUAGCUCCCAUUAUAAUCUAAUUUAUACGGAACUCGUGGAACCUAAGUGAAACAUUCAAUCUCUGCUGAUAUUUUAUUACGAGUAAAUUAAGCGUCUUGUGGUCAAUGUUCGGGAGCGGUCUGUGUGAAAACUGCCGAUGUCUGCAAAGAAAUUCGAGCAAGCUGUAAAAUAGCGAUCGAAAUGAAAAUAAUUUGUUUCAACAAA